GACCUUAUAUUGCGGCCAUAUCUUGCUGCUCCCAGAGGUUUUGAUUUGGGGGUCUGGGAAUCUGGGUUACUUUCAGAAGGUCCAGAGUUAAAUAACCUGGCCGUUUGUCGAGUUGUCAGAUUUCGCAACCAUUCGCUGACACGUCUUCACACCAUCCCUACUACAAUCUAGGGACUUCUCCGGCAGAGAUAGCCAUGACCUGUUCGAAGCUGCUUCGUCAUUGUAGAUGGUCUGCGGCAAUUUAAAAGCCCGAGUUCCGCGAAACCAUGGAGACAUAUUAUCGGCGCUCCAGAACAGGUUGCGUGAACUGCCGAGCUAUCCGCACUAAAUGUGACGAGGCAAAACCAGGAUGUCGUCGAUGUGCAGACCGCGGAGUAGCGUGCAAAGGCUACGCGAAACCGCUGCGAUGGGUCGGCGAGGCACAACCGAAAGGAGGUUCGACUUCAACGAAGAAGCAACGCCCAACUCCAGUGUACCGGAAGCAGCAAGCUGGAAACCAGACCGAGUAUCAGGUUUCGUAUCGGCGGCAGACUUUGAGACUUGUAUCAACUGUUCAUCCGCUUGAUGCCCUUGACCGAGCUCUUUUCGACCACUGGAUGAAGAUGACCCUUGAGCUGGUCUGUCUCGACCCUGCCGCUUCACAGGACCUUGGGCAAAUGUACUAUCACCUCUCCACCAAAGAAGGGUCAGUCACAUUGCGGGCGAUGUUGACCAACUCGGCUGCCCACCUGCUGUCUCUUGGAAGAAUACCUGACUCGACCUUUGCCCUCGUGCAGCAAAAAGCGUUCAAAGCUUUGCGGUGCUCGUUGAACAACUUUACUGCAGAGUCGAAUAUGUCCAUCAAUGACAGAACAUCGCCCAACGGUCACCAUAUGCCACUUCCAUCUCUGGAUGAUGACACGAUCGUCGGUUCUUUGCUAUUGAUUGGCGAUGAAAUCAUCCGCCCUGACGACAACUAUGGUGUUGCCCGGGUUCAAUAUCUCCUUCAAGGCACGCACACCCUGAUCACUGAGCGACACAAAUAUUUCGAGUGUCAGUGCCCACGCAUCCAUCCCUCAAGAACGGAUCCAAUCUAUAAGCUGGACAGUCCUUUGUUUAAGUCUGCGGCGGACUUAUUGGCCUGGGCCGACAUUAUGUCGAGCGUGCCAUGUCUAAGACCUCCCAUCUUGGACAAGAGAUACUGGCUCGAGGAUGCGAUUCAGGCGUCCCAGUCGCGACCGCACCACGACUUGGGAUACUGUGCCCAGUUACUUUCUCUGCUGGGCGAUUGCGCGACUGCCGUCCAUAAACUUUUCACGCACAAUAUAUCCGAGGAGGAUUUCAUCCAGCUGCAAAAAGAUCUGGAUUUGCAGCUUGACGCAGCUAUGAUCCAUUUACCUACUCCGAUCGCCAUCUGCGCGGACACGCCGCUCGAUACGGACACCCAAAGCAGUAGUCCGACAGAUUCCAACAGAAGCGACAGUGCCGAGGCCCAUAACAUCUGUAUAACAGCAGCAAUCUGUCACGGUCUUGCAACUCGAAUAUUCCUUUUGCGCGCAACAGAUCACAACAAAGAUUCGUCCCGAGUCAAAGCGCUCUGCGAUCGCCUCUUGGAGAGUCUGAGUCAAAUUCCUACCGACCACAGUGUCGUCACAAUAAUGCUAUGGCCCUUAUGGGUACUGGGGUGUGAAAGCCCUAUCGAUGAUGGCGCUGACAGCUUGCGGGAAUUUGUUACCGUCUUCCUACGAGCAAUCUACACACGACAAGGCAUGAAGAAUGUUGAGAAGUGCCUUGUAACAUUAGAAGAGGACAUAUGGUCCUUGGAACCGUCAUCGCCCGGCCAGACACGCGAGGAUCGACCACGGCAAUCCAUGUGGGUAUGGCACUGUUGGAAUAAAGGAAUCAAGCUGUUGCUUGCUUAAAUCUCUGGGUCGGUUCUCAAGAGCUACCGAGAGAUUGGGUUACCCUGAAUGGACUCACCGAUCGGCUUGCGCUUGAAUGAAUUUGACUCACUCUGCGAUUGCUCUUUGGCCAAUACAUUGCUUGAAUAUUACUUGGAGGCGUCUUAGUGGUCGGCCCAUCAAGGGUUCUUUCAGGUACUCAAGGUAGUGUUCUCGCCGCCUGCAUAUCAGAAAUGCAGUUCAGGAUUCGCUGUAUCCGUUGCUAAAAUGACAAAAGUGUAUGCUUGGCGAUGGUCCACUGAUGGUAUUUCAUGUGUCUCUCGUUCUGAUUUCUGUAGAUGGUUGCUUAGUUCCAACAAUGGUUAAUAGGCUUGAG